AUGAGUAGUAACGACGCUGUCCUCUUUGGAAGCGACGAAAAGGCAAAAGCCAAGAGCCGAUCUGGAUCCAAAGCGUCAAACCCUGGCGUUGUCGCUGUCAGCGAAAAUGCCGACGAAGUCCUCUUUGGUAAAGAAAAGGAGAAGAGCAAAAAGUACGACCGUUCUUCUUCCAAAAGCUCCAGUCGAGGCUCAAAGAAGAGCAAGAGCGGAAGUAGCAGCAGAAGUAGGCGAAACAAGAGCAAGGGUAGCAGAGGCAGCAAACAUGAUGAGGUGCUGUUUGGCAACGACAAGGAUGCCAAAGCCAAGGCGAAAGCUUCUCGAGGUUCCGGUGCCAGUAAACCAGGUGUAGAGCGCGUAGGUGACUCUGGGAAGGCCAGAGCUGGAGACAAAGGAUUUGUAGCAGAUCCAGUAUUCCAAGGUGCAGACAGCAAGACUAAGCAUUCCUACAGCAAGCCUGCACCCGUGCACACAAGUGCAAUGUUGAUCAACGACAAGGUCAUAGAUCCAUUUGCAGCUACAAUGGAUCCGUCAGAGGAUGGGUCGAGCGCAGAAGAUAAGAAAACAAAUCGAAGAAAUUCAAACAAAAAAUGUAUCAUUUUGGUUGUCAUCCUCAUGUUGAUUGCAGGUGGAGUGGGUGCAUUCUUUGCCCUCAGCGGAGGCAAAGAUAGUGAAACCCCAGAGACCGCCGCGACAAACAUACCAGUAUCCCCUGGCAGUGCCACAACUGCCCCUGUUGCUGGAACAGGCCCCCCAACCGGUGCUCCUACGACGACAGUGACAUUAGACAAUGAUGAUUCGCCUAGUGACCAAGUUUGCGAGGCAAUUGAGAACAAUAAUAGGACUAUUACUGGACCAGCGACAGCGGUCACAAUGAACCUUGCCCUAACAUUCGAUGUCUCGGCGCAGAGCGGGUUGACUGAUAGUAUGGUCGAAGAUUUGAUUGGUGCGAUCCAGGAGUAUUUCCUUCCAGCGUUGGCCGGUUGCGACAGCAUCAAUCGACAGCUUGUUAUUCGAGGUGGAAAUCGUGCCCUUCAAGGAGGAAAUCGCGACCCAUCUCGCCGUAACAUUAUCAACGCAUUCGUCAACCCGAUCGCAUGGGACGAACCUUGCGAAAACGAGAGCGGGGGAAACUGUCAACAAUUUGUAGCGAAGCUAUCGGUUAUCCUUCGUGAAGAGGUUUUCUAUUUUGAGCUAACCAAGAUGCUUUCUGAUCCUUUUCCGAUGGGUGAAUUGAAGUCCUUGUUGAAACUUGGGCAACCGUUCAUAUCAAUCAUGGCUCGUAGCUUGGUCGUCACCACAGAACCUCCAGUUUCGGCGCCAGUGGAGGCUCCAGUUGUGAUGCCAAACGCGAGUCCAAUCGAACCAACGGAUGCUCCGGUCGAUGCCUCCGUACCCAGCCCCCCUGCUGGUGGUUCCAGCCCCACGACUUCCCCAUCAACGGAUGUUCCAGUGGAUGGUUCUGAUCCUACGACUGCACCCAUUGAUGGACCUGUGCCGACACCGACAACAAUUCCGAUGCCCCUUCCAACUCUUGCACCAGUAUCGCAACCAACAGGCGCUCCAAGUCGUGGACCAACUAAGGCACCAGUUGUUGGUCCUAGCCCCCCACCAACCCCUGUUCCAACUCCACGCCCAACACCGGUGCCAACACCAGCUCCAACUCCUGUUCCAACUCCAGGACCGACACCAGGACCGACACCAGGACCGACACCAGGACCAACACCAGGACCAACACCAUCACCUACUCCAGGACCAACACCUCCGCCUACGAAUCCUCCUACAAAUCCACCAACUAAAACACCAACACCGCCACCUACUCUGGCGACUCCUCAACCUACUCGCGCACCUCCUCCUACUCGCGAACCAACUUGUUAUUGCCAAAGCAACGUUAUCAGACCUGCUUGCGACAACACCCUGUUCCGAGUUAAUAUUGACGGAUCCUGUGGCGCCUGUAUUGGACCGAAGGCUUGUACGGAACUGGCAGGACCUGCUGGGGGUGAGAUUCAUGAAAAGGCAUGUGUCGGAAUCCAAUCCUGCUACAAGGCAUCCGUGGAUUACGUCGCGUCCAAUUCUUGCCGUGGAGCCAAUGCCUGCAUGUCUCGGCGCAUUGAUGUGGGCGAAAACAGUUGCAUAGGUGACAACGCGUGUGGUAAACGGGCCCGGAUCUAUAUUGGCAACGAGUCUUGUUUAGGGACGAAUUCUUGCGCUCAGCCACUCCUACAAAACCCAGAACCUUUGUCUUACUUUCUCCAUGGGAGUUGCCAGUGUGAAAAAUGCUGUCUUUGUAUGAACCGUGUAAAAUCUGGGCGAUGUAAUACUCUUGGUGAAUGUUGUCAACGUGACAAUCCAAGGCUAAAGGUGGACGGAGUCAAGGACGAUACUGAAUUAGCUGCCGAUGCUGAUAUGGAGACAAUAGAAGCUGUUGAUGAAAAAAUAGACGCUGUUGACGACACAGAAAAAGUCGGUAACGAAAUUCUUGAAAAUGUUGACGGAUAUUGGCAGCGAUAA